AUGCUAAUUGAGGCACUGAAGGAGCAUCCGACGUUCUCAACUAUUGAGUUCUCUCUAGUAAAGGAAGCUGUUCUAAAUAGCGAGCAGCAGAUAUUCCAAAAUAGUAAAAACAGGCAAGAAUACAUCAUAGCAAUUAGUGGGAAGCUGGAGCAAAUUAAACAGACGCGGAGUGGUCCAGAAAGAAGGCAGACUGCUUCAGGAAUCCAAACAAGCCAGAAUCCAGGCAGUAAAAUUGAUGAUACGCAUGGAUACGAUUAUGGAAGCAGAACAAGAUACGAAACACCCCCAGAAAUGGCACGGCAUAGCAACAAGUUCAAGCAGACUGUAGGAAUAUACAAUGACAAGGAAAUAACAGAGAAGAACGUUCAUGGAAGCAAGAAGAUAUCUGCUGCAUUUCUGGAUGACUUUGAUGAAAUAUUUUCAAAGAGAAUGAAUAGUAAAAAAGAUAAGAAAAAAGAAGGAAGCAAUACGAUGGCUGUGAAUGUGUCACAGAGUGAGAUGCCACGAGAUGUGAACUUCACCAUCAACAUUGUGAAGAACAAGCCGACUGAGAGAGUGAAGGAAGAGCGAAUUCAAGAGAAGGCGCCAAAAGUACCCGAUUUGGAGUCAGAGGUGAAGGAGUACAUCAGAGAAAAUGGUCUAAAUAUCGUAAAAGUGGAAGACGAGAAUGAUUGGAACGAUACAAUCGACUUUCUGCUUAGUCUGAAUGACAAGGACGAGAUGCUGGUGAUGCAAGAUAAAUGUAGGAAAAUUAAGUUUAUUAGCAGGGAGGAAUUGGAAAAUAGAAUCACCUGGUACGAGAAUAACCUAGAUAACAGCAUGGAUCAGAGUUAUAGACCACAAUGA